GUGCGUGUGAGGGCGGACCGCGGAGGCGCCGAGGCCAAUGGCUUAUCGCGAAAGACUGGGGGGCGGGGAAGACGGCAGCCGCAGGCCCAACCCGAGGCUCGGGAGGUGGUUGGGGAGUGAAUCUUCUGGAAGGCGGCUUUAAAGGCGCCGGGCCCGAGCGAAGGGCAUUUUGGUACUGCCGUCGCCGGGGCCGGGGAGGGGGCGCGUUGGUGGCAGGAAGCGGGCUGCGCCGAGGUCGUCGCGGAACCAGCUGGUGACCCUCGCAGGAUGAACCACAAGAGCAAGAAGCGGAUCCGCGAGGCCAAGCGGAGUGCGCGGCCGGAGCUGAAGGACUCGCUGGACUGGACUCGGCAUAACUACUACGAAAGCUUCCCGCUGAACCCAGCGGCCGUGGCGGACAAUGUGGAACGGGCAGACGCCUUACAGCUGUCGGUGGAAGAGUUCGUGGAGCGAUAUGAAAGACCUUAUAAGCCCGUGGUUCUGCUGAAUGCCCAAGAGGGCUGGUCGGCGCAGGAGAAGUGGACUUUGGAGCGCCUCAAGAGGAAAUACCGGAACCAGAAGUUCAAGUGCGGUGAGGAUAAUGAUGGCUACUCGGUGAAGAUGAAGAUGAAAUACUACAUCGAGUACAUGGAGAGCACGAGAGAUGACAGUCCCCUUUACAUCUUUGACAGCAGCUACGGGGAGCACCCCAAAAGAAGGAAACUUCUGGAAGACUACACGGUGCCCAAGUUUUUCACCGAUGACCUCUUCCAGUAUGCGGGGGAGAAGCGCAGGCCCCCUUACAGGUGGUUUGUGAUGGGGCCUCCACGCUCUGGAACCGGAAUUCACAUCGACCCCCUGGGAACCAGCGCCUGGAAUGCCUUAGUUCAGGGUCACAAGCGCUGGUGCUUAUUCCCCACCAGCACGCCCCGGGAGCUCAUCAAGGUGACCCGUGAAGAAGGUGGGAACCAGCAAGAUGAAGCUAUUACCUGGUUUAACAUCAUCUACCCGACACAGCUUCCGACCUGGCCACCCGAAUUCAAACCCCUGGAAAUCUUACAAAAGCCAGGAGAGACUGUCUUUGUACCAGGAGGCUGGUGGCACGUCGUCCUCAAUCUUGAUACCACCAUUGCCAUCACCCAGAACUUUGCCAGCAGCACCAACUUCCCUGUUGUCUGGCACAAGACGGUAAGAGGGAGACCAAAGCUAUCAAGGAAAUGGUACAGGAUCUUGAAGCAGGAGCACCCUGAGCUGGCAGUCCUGGCCGACUCGGUCGACCUGCAAGAGUCCACGGGGAUCGCCUCCGACAGCUCCAGCGACUCGUCCAGCUCCUCCAGUUCCAGCUCAUCCGACUCGGACUCAGAGUGCGAGUCUGGCUCCGAAGGCGACGGGACGACGCACCGCAGGAAGAAGCGGAGGACGUGCGGCAUGGUGGGCAACGGGGACGCCACCUCCCAGGACGACUGCGUGAGCAAGGAGCGCAGCUCCUCCAGGAUUAGGGACCCUUGCGGAGGCCGUGCUCACCCCUGAGCGGAAACUCUCCCUGAGGUGGCCCCUGUGAGCUGUCGGCAGCCGCCCCUUUCCCGUCUUCUGCUCCUCCCUCCUCCCCUGUCUUCUCUGCCUGUGGACCGUCCUCUCUGGCCCGAGCUCCCGUCUUGGGUCCAAGGCCGUGUUUUCUGCCUGCUGAGAACAGCCUGUCAAGAAGUUGACCUCGGGGCGCUCAGGGACGCGCUGGAGGCCGCUGUGCUGGUGGGCGAGAAGGUUCUGGGCUCCUGCUUGAAAACCACGCCGGCGGACCCCACGGCUGGAGGGUUGUGGUCCCCGUGGCAUCGGCGUCGCGGCGGCGGGGAUGUCGCUGAGGCCCCUCCGCUGUGCACGCGGCCGGCGGCGCAGCACUCACGGCGGCAAGGAUCGCGAGCCGCCACCUCCCGAGUCGCCGCCCGAACAAACACCUUCCCUCGCUGCCCCGACCCGGCGGCGCGCACCCACCCGCCCCCCGCCUCGUGCCGUCUCGUGGUUCCCGUCUGUUGUCCGUCCGCCGUCGGAAGCCGGUCGCGUGUCGGGGUGGGGGUGGGGGGGUCGGGCACAGUGUGCUGGGGGGGCCCUGGGGGUUUGGUUUGUGAACAGAGCCGGAAGGGUGUUCCGAGCGUUGUCCUCGCGGAACUCACCCUCUGAACAGGGCCUGGCGAGUUCCGACAGGCUUGUCCCGUCCUCCCCCCGCGCGAUCCGGCGUCAGGCUCCGCAGACGCCUGGUGCGUGACCUGCAGGCAGGCGUCAGGUGGGGAAUCGCGUUGCUGGCCGGCCGGGAGCCUCACGGAGGUGGUGCGUCUCCUCUUCCGGGAUGUGUCAGGCUUCUAAGUAACCGCGGUGUAAAUCCUUAGGGAUUGACCAGCAGGUUCCAUCUCAUGCCCUCUCGGUUCAGCUGCUUGCCUUCAUCUGUCCCUAAAUUCAGCUAAAUUUAAAUAAAUGUAAGAGGGGGUUGUCAAGGACACACCCAGUGAAAGGCAAUUUCCUGGUAGGAGGGUUGGAAUGCUCAACGGAAGGCCCCCUUCAACCGACAGCGGAGGGGAGCCUCCCAGUGUCCCAGAGGCGAGAGGAGUGUAAGGAGUUGCCUCUCAAGAUCUUCCCUAAAAACGGGCAUCGUCAGGGGAGUCCUGGUCGCUUCUUUGCCAAAUGUUCCGUUUUUGACAGACAAGUGAACACUUCCUGACACUGGGUUGGUCCCCUCUUUUGUCUUUGUCCAACAUUCUGCGUGCUCAGAUGCGAACCCCAGCCGUGUCUGCGUUGGAUGGGGAACUUCAGGCCCCCUCCUAGUGCCCCUCUGCCUGCACCUGGCUGCCCCCGCCCCCAGCCCAAGCUCCAGGGCGGGCCCAGUGUUAGACCCAGUGGGUGUGAGUAAAUUCAGAGCCUGAAGGAAUCCACCUCUCUCUGUGUUAAUAUCUGGAGGAUGUUUCCUCUUUUUUAAAAAAAAGGUCCUUGCCAUCUUCCAAAUACUUUUUCUGUCCCUCGUUGCUCCCAGGCCAUCACCCUCCCUUGGCUCUCAAAUCCAUACCAACUGCUUCUCCCUACACUUCAGCCUCAAGGACAAAACCAAAACCAGGCCACUAGGGGGAGCAGGGGGACUUGGGUGUGGCCGCCCCUGUGGUAAAGUGGAAGCUUGGUUUUUACUUCCCCAGAUGGCGAGGGUGAUUCCUGUGUGGUAGACAGAACCCAGAAGUAGAGUCCAGCGCAUCCCGCAGGCCCUCAGCCCCCUGUCCUGAAAGCGUUCUUGCCACCUCAUGAGUGACGUGUUUCAGCCCCGCCAGAGACCCAGCAGCCCCCCGUGGCUGUCACUGUGGGCCAGGCGGGCACGCGGUCACGGAAGCAAAGCAGGGCCGGGGUGGGGAAGCGGAAAGGAGCGGCCGCGGCCGGUGAUCGCAGGGAGGGAGGAAGCGGGAACAAGGUUGUCCCUCUCCCGGCCGGCACAAGCGCCUCCCUCCAGGGGUGUCCGGAUUGUAAGGAGGACACAGCGUGAACCUGUUUUUAGAGAUGAUGGCGCUCCCGCUGUGGCGCCACAGGAUCAGAGGCCUCUCUGUCGCUGGGACGCAGGGACGCAGGUUUGAUCCCUGGCCUCGCACAGUGGCUUAUGGAUCUGGAGUUGUCACAGCUGUGGCUCGGAUCUGAUCCCUGGCCUGGGAACUUCAUAGGCCACAAAGUGGCCAAAAGAGAAAAAAAAAAAUGUAUUUUUAGCGAUGCUUCUCCAAGAUGACAGCUGAUCUUGAAACUAACAAGCUGGGUCCUGGAAGAAGGGAUCUUGGGCUAAUCCUUGAAGGGGAGGAGUGGGGUGAGCAGACAAGCAGGGGGCCCAGGGCACGAGGCAGCCUCUGAGUCUGUGGGUGAGGGAGGUGAAGGCUUUGCCAUCAGCCCAAGGUCACCAUGCUGCACACAGGUGCCUCUGGGGUCAGCAGUGCUGCCAUGUCAAGGGUUAUGCCUUUGAGGGGAGAGCCACCAAAACCAGGGGUGUUCUCAUUUCAGUCAAGCUUGCCCAUACUCAUCUGUUAAUCAUUAAAACAUUCAAUUGGAGUUCCCGUCGUGGCGCAGUGGUUAACGAAUCCGACUAGGAACCAUGAGGUUGUGGAUUCGAUCCCUACCCUUGCUCAGUGGGUUAACGAUCCAGUGUUGCCGUGACCUGUGGUGUAGGCCGCAGACAUGGCUCAGAUCCCGCGUUGCUGUGGCUGUGGCGUAGGUAGGCUGGCAGCUACAGCUCCGAUUGGACCCCUAGCCUGGGAACCUCCAUAUGCCGCGGGAGUGGCCCUAGAAAAGACAAAAAACAAAAACCAACAAACAAACAAAAAAAAAAACCAUUCAAUUGGAGUUCCCAUUGUGGCUCAGGAUAACCCGUGGAGCCUGACCAGUAUCCCUGAGGAUGUGGGUUCAAUCCCUGGCCUCGGUGGCUUAAGGAUCUGGCAUUGCUGUGGCUGUGGUGUAGGCCGGCAGCUGCAGCUCUGAUUCAGCCCCUAGCCUGGGAACCUCCAUAGGUGGCAGGUGUGCCUAAAAAGCAAAAAAAAAAAAAAAAAAAAAAAAAAACCAGCAAAUGUUCAAGUACCAGCCCUGUUCUAGGCCCUGCAGAUGCAGCGGUGACAAGCCCACAUCCCGGCCUCAUGGAGCUUCAGGGAUAGUGGCCAUGCUGUCGUUCACAGGGGCCACUGGGCAGCGUGGUUAAAGCCACGCAUGUCCAUCUCCAUGGCGGGAAAAGCAGGUGCAGGCCUUACUAAACCCAAGCUCACGAGCUCUUCGUAAGAACCUCGUCGUUACAGCUGUGUUCUUAAUCAGCACGGGGCUGCUUUGCGAAUGAGCUGGAGGCCUUUAAACGAAGGACCAGCAAGAAAGUUGCUGGUGCAAGGGCUUCACAAAUCUCUCAGAGGUUCAGCUGUCAUGUGCUUUAGGACCUUAGCUAAGAGUGCGCAGCGGAACUGGAGUUUUGCCGUAAAAGCUGUAAAAAGCCCUGUGUAGGAGGCGUCUGAGCCCUUGGCUGUAGGUUCCUUGAACUGUGUGUAGCAUUUCCACAAGUAAGUUGUUUGUCCUGCGUCGUGCUGAGGGUUCUGUGUGGAGCCUGGUUUCUCCCGACACCCCCUUCCCUGGUGGUGACAGGAUGUCGCACUGAUGUCACACUGUUUGCAGCAACACUGCCGGAGUCCCCAGGUGGCCCUCCGCCUCGUCUCAUCAUGAGGUCAAAAAUGAACCAUCUCGCCCCAUCCUCUCUUCCCCUGGUAGCAGGAGACCCGCCGGCCUGCCGCCUCCGAGGGGACCGGACACUCCAGAGGAACUGGCACCGUCUGAGCGCCAAGCGCCUCCUGGUUUUGCUUCUGCCUUUCCCUUGGGAAGCCGCCACCACAUACCUGGGGGGCUGCCCGUGUGCUGGUAUUUUUAACUUUCACUGGGAUGAAACUUGUUCACCAUUUUAAAUAAAGCACCUUGGUUUGGAGUUGGGUUUUUUGCACUCGCUUUUUUCCUUGUUUUCAUUCUUACU